CUCGCCGUUGCUCCCAAUCUUAAUGUCUUAACCCCAUCCGCACAGUCACUACCAAGCAGCUAUGCCCAAAGGAUCUCCGCGACCAUGGUCGUAUUAUCUUAUUCGUCUCUUGUUCAAGUUUGUGCUCAAGAUAUUUUACGGAACAAUAGUUGUCGAAGGAAUUGAAAAUAUACCUGUCACAGGCCAACCAUGCGUGGUCUGUGCUAAUCACACUAACUCCCUGACCGAUGCUCUAUUGCUCGUGACGGCCAUCCCGUCCAGGAAGCGAAACAUGCUUCGACUCACAGCCAAAUCCACCCAGUUCGGCAAACGAACCUUCACAAGUUGGCUCAUCGAAUCCGCGGGCACAAUACCUAUCAAGCGUCGCAAAGACUUCGCAGACGGAAAUGCAGACAAUACGGAAGUCAUGGCCAAGCUCAUAGAGGCGCUUGAGCACGGUGAUGCGGUGUGUAUGUUUCCCGAGGGGGCGUCAAGAUAUCAUCCUACUAUCGCGCCUUUGAAGACCGGAGUGGCCCGAAUCGUUUCUGACGUUCUUUCCAGGAACCGGGACAAUCCCGAGUUUGAGAUGUCGGUCUUGACAUGCUCUAUAACCUACAUGAAUCGUCAACAUUUCCGAUCCGACGUACUCGUGACAUUCCAUCCUCCGCUCAAAUUCGCCCCCAAGACCAGCCCUGAACUCCUCUCGCCCGUCGACUACACACACAUCCGCACGCUUACCUCGGACCUUCACGCUCAAAUCGCCUCUGGCACAUUCGACGCGCCGUCCUGGGAGCUCAUCCGCAUGGCGAGACUCGCGGCGCCAAUUUAUGCGCCGUUAGGGACCAGUAUGGGAUUGGGGGACUACGUGAGGGUGGUGAGGACGUUUUUGGAGGCAUUCAAGGCGGAGGGAGCGAGACCUACGUCUACUAGUCCCGUGAGGGCCACAGGUGAUGCGAACGGAACUGGAAAUGAGAAUGGGCGAAUUUCCGAAACGCAGGGAGAGGAGGCGAAUGGGAGUGGCAGUAGGUCUCCGGCGGAUGAGGCACAGGAUGAGGAGGAUUGGGCCACGUUGAAGGAGGAUCUCAAAAACUACCUCUCCGACCUCUACCGGCUCAGAAUCAAAGACGAUCGCAUUCGACGACCAUUACCUCGCCCUGUCAUCUUCUACCGGAUGAUCAUACGCCUCACCUGGGCCAUCUUCUUAUUGUCGAUCUCUAUCCCGGGCCUCAUAUUAUGGACUCCUGUUGGGGCCACGACUUACUACGCUGUGCACAAUUUUAAGAAGACGGGGCCCUCAUGGGAUGUCUGGGAUGAAGUCGCCCAGUAUAAACUCGUCUACGGCCUCCUCUCCGGCCUCGCCGUCUGGUUCCUCACAACCCUCCUUACCCUGCCCCUCGCCCCCAUCACAUUCUUCACCACCCCACUCCUCAUGUGGAUCACCCUCCGUUGGUUCGAAGACGCCGUGUCAUCGUUCCGCGCCUUCGCCACGCUUUCCCGCCUCCUCUGGGUCGGCAAGUCUACCCUCGCGAGACUGCGGGAGCGCAGGAGGGACCUGUAUGUCAGAAUUAUGGAUCUUGCGGUGAACGAGCUCGGAUUACCUGCGGAUCCGGAGGCGGUGUUUGUGGAUGGCGAUGGCGAUGGGGAAGGGGGGAGGGGACGGACAAAGGGGAGGAUGAAAGGAAGGGGCAAGAGACAAUAUUUCUCCGUUCGGAGGAGGCGAAAGAGGGAUUGGAAUGAAACGUUGAGGUUGUAUGAGCAGUGGGAGUAUGAUGAUAUUUAAUCGACUGGCCGAGGUAUCUCUGCAGCCUUGGCCGAUCUUCAUGGACACACAUAACAGGCUGUAACUUGCCGGCCCUAACGGUCCACUAAUCCACUGGAUUGGUGAGAUAAAAGCGGAACAAAACGUCAUGUACGAAAGGCAGGUAUGUGCAAAUAAUGUACAAGAGAUUCCGUUGCUUGCGGACCCUAACAAGAAGAGUUUCAAUAUGCGAGAAGCAGAAGGACAAACAACAUAGAACGAGGCGAAGGCAUGCAAAAGUAACGGACAAUGUAUAUAUGUAUCAGAGUAAGAGUGAGAGGGGACUUCAGAUAAAGUACACGGAGCUGCAAAGGGAAUCUACACCAGGUAUGGUCUUUAAAGGGCAUAAGGACGAAGGUGAUCGUCGUGGUCGGGGCGUGGAAAGCAUUCAGCCCUCAAUGGGAGCAUAGGAGCGAUUUCCUGCAGCCCAGCGGUGACCCUUGUCGGAGGAGAUUCCCGUGAUGAUUACGCCAAAGGUUGCCAAUGUCGCUGCUACCCACGCGACAAUGUUCGCGUAGUAGGACGGCCCGUAGUGAGCGUAAAGGAAGCCAGCGUAGCGAGAAGUGCGAUAUUGAUCGGUGACGACAGCAAAUGUGAUCAUAGUAAAGAUAGCGUGCAACGCCGUCAGCCCCGCUGUGACCCUCCAAAUCCUCCUUCUCCUGGAGUGCGUGCUGACCCCGAAGAUGACACUCAACACCGCCAACGCGCCAAACCCGACACCGAGCUCUGCGACGUACGCCGCUGAGGUCCAGGCGGUGCAGAAGUGGCGGUUAUUCUUCUCGCAGCGGUCGGUAACACUGGCGGGGAAAGGGCGGCAGCUGAAAUCUGUGUAUUCGAUUUUACCACCGUCAGAGGGACCGGGAAGUUCGAGGAUUUGACGUUCGCAACGUUCCAUGAGGCCGUACUGGACAGUGACCCGUCUAGUGAAGAUAUCAGUGCCCUUUACGACGAUCCAGUCAUUGCGCCUUGUAGAGACGAUGCUCAAGAUGAGGGUGACGGCAACGACAACAAGAGUGAUAGCAUACGAUGUCUUCCUCAUCUUGGAUCACAAGAAGUCAAGACUGUCGGAAGAUAGUAUCG